AUGCUCUGCAAAACAUUCUACAUCCUUGCGACGGCGGCUCUUGCCGUCGCCACACCUGUCAAACGCCAAAGUGGCUCUUCAUGCAGCGCCAGCCGUCCACGCCCAACACUCCCCUUCAACGGUGAACAUGAGCUCGAGAGCCCCGGAAAGGACCUCAGGGUCAAGCACAUUGCCCUCGGUUUCGGCAUCCAAAACUACACAUGCAACGAGGACCUCACCUCAAAGGCCACCGGCGCGCUCGCCAUGUUCUACGACAUCACACCCCUGUACCCGGGCCAGUCCGACCAGUCGCUCACCAUCGACGCCUUUGACGCCCUCCCCUCCACCACCCUCUACUCGCAGGACAUCCCUCUCAACUUUGCCCAGCCCAACGCCACCAUUGAGGGCGUCGUUGAGGCGGGCUCGCCAUUCCCCGGAACGGACGACCUGGUCGUCGACGGGCUGAGCAUUCCCUUCUCCGGUCACCACCUCUUCACCGCCGCCGGGGUCCCUCACUUUGAGGUUGGCAAUGGGGAGAUCGACUUCUUCGCCUACAAGAUUGACAACAUCAAGGCGCCCGCCAGCGCGGACGCCGGGGUCGACGGCACCGGGGCUGUCGACUGGCUGUACCUCGGUGCCGUCGAGGGCAGCGUGGGCGCGACGCUGGUCUACAGGGUCCUCACCGUCGGAGGGGCUGCGCACAAGUGCACAGGCGCUGAGGAGGGGGAUAUCAGCACGGGAUACACCGCGCAGUACUGGUUCUUUGGGUGAAGACUCCAUGGUGGUUUUUGAUUUAUAGAUGCUAGACUAGUCAUGUCAGUCUCACAUGGUGUCUGGCGUCGUGGGUAAUAGAUUGGGUUUUCUUUCUUUCUCGUCUAGUUCUACUGAGACUCUGUUAUUGAAAAACCUUGGAAAAGAAAUCACAAGAGCAGUGCCGCCCUCUGCGAAAUGACAUGUGAACAUGGCAUUCUGAAACCUCGCAUGCCCAGCCUUGGCCACGCCUUAGUGCGACGCUUUGC